AUGGCGGAUGGAAAAGAAUAUACAAUUGGUAUAGUAGAAUAUACUGAUGAUUGGUCCCCAUUCCAUCCAGCUCCAUUCGAUAAGGUUGAGGUGAACUCUGAUGAAGAAGGUAACGAUACAGACGAAGGUGACGAUGUCGACGAAGAAGACGGUAUCUCAGAUACCUGGAUGGGUCAAGACGACAACGAUAUUGAAGAUGGUGAGAUACCACCAGAAAAGUGUACAGAACCUGUAAUCUCAUCGGAAAUAAGUUCUUCGCCGGAAAUAUGCCCAUCGCCGGCGGUAAGUUCGACUCCCGUAACAGAAAUUAAUGCGGUAGUUUACUCAUGCAAUAAUGAUACGACGAUUCCCGAAAAUACGGCGACUAUUGAAAUUCUAGAGUCAAGUACAGCUGGAGGAUUACAUCAAGAGACACACGACACGGUGGUUCUUGAAUUAAUUAAUAAUGGCGGCACAAUUGUACAGAAGACAACAACGCAACUUAACAAAUUGGGUAAUGAUUGUAACCCUUUUGGGUCUUCACAGAAUAUGGUCCAAUUUGGCUGUUUUGGGCCAUUUCCAAACCCAUUUUUGCCCCACCAUCCUACAUCGGCCCAAAAGGUUGGAAGUAACUCUCGAUUGGGCCCAGACAGUGGUAAACCAAAAAUUAAAAAAAGAAAAAGAAAUUCAAAUUGCUCCAAAUCACAGUCCCCAUUAUUCACGUUCAAAUCCUUGGAACCCCAAAUUGAUACUCCCCCACCCCCUACGGACAAUGGUAUUGGUGAGAUUGAUAUCGGCGUGCCUUCAUCUCUGGACCUCAACAGGAAUCUGAACAUUAACACAAGUGAUUGUGAUGAUAUUCGUGCCGACUGUUCUAGUUCGUGUGCAGACGAGAUCAUCCAAACUGUUGAAAUUGGAGCGGAAAUUGGGUUUCAAAUUGAAGCAGGAAAUCCAAUUCUUGCCGAGAUUGCUGGCGAUACUGAAGCUAUCCACGGUUGCCAAUGA